AUGGAAUUGGGUUUCACCUUGGUAUAUGCUGUUACUAUGAUCGUCGCUUUGCAAGGAAACAUUUUGCUGAUAUACAUCGUCUGGAGGAAACGUGAGACAAGAACUUUGACUAGUUUCUUGUUUGUCAAUAUGGCGAUUGCCGAUUUACUAAUUGCGGUAUUUCAGAUGCCCUCCUCCAUAGCGCACUUCUACGUCUCUGAAUUCACUGGUGCGGUCGGGAAACUAUUCUGCCGAUUUGUAAUCUAUCUUGUGAAUGUCUCCAUGACAGCCUCGAUCUUCAGCCUUGUCGUGAUGGCAUUCGAUCGACAUUUUGCUGUUAUACACCCUUUGAAGCGAAUGAUUUGGUUCCGAAGAGCCAAAAUUAUUCUACCAGUCAUUUGGAUCGCAUCCUGCACCUUAAUGGCCAUCACACCAUUUUAUCUCAUGGUCAGGGAUAGCCUUGGAAAAUGCUUUUAUACAGACGAACAUAUCCCGCGGGUGCCCUUUUGGACUUACCUACUGCUCAUCAACUACAUCAUGCCUCUUGCCAUCAUCUCUUGCGCGAAAGAUAUGGUUCCACGAAAUUCCUGGCCAACUUGA